AUGAUCGAUACGCUGCUCCGCCGCCCGCCUUCCCCUCGAUUCUCCGUUUCUACACCCUCUGCUCGAACUCUCCCGCCGUGUCCUGUAGGGAACCAGCCCGACAAGCUCCUGUCCUCCGCGAAUGCCGUGACCUCGUCGUCGAACUUCCACUACGGUUUAUCCACCCCACCAGAGGACAUGACUGACCUGGCAUACCCAGUCAGUCAUGGAGGCCAUGUCUACCGAUUUCCGGGCUCGUUGCACUCCGAUUUCAACAACCUCCCAAUGGCUCCCAUGGCCAACGAUAAUACAAGUGUCCUCUCUCAGGGCUCGCGCCAACAGCAACCUCCGUCGUUGACAAGUCAGUUACCGGACUGUGAGCCAAAGCCAGCCAAGGAGAGUUCCAUUGCUAUAUAUCUCCAGGUUCCAUCCUCCAUAUGUGAGAACGGAGGUAGUUUGGCCGAUUUUGCUGCUCAGAUAACCUGUCUCUUCUGGUUUGCCAAGGCUUCAAAGGUCAAGCAGAUUGAAGAUGGAGCGUCGUCGCCAUUCUUGCCCCCUCCUCCCCUGGAUCCGGAGUCAAUACCGAGCAUUGGUUUCAGGAAAUGGAUGACUACGAUACUCUCGACCACACAGGUUAGCCGGAAUGUCGUGCUGUUGGCCUUGUUGUUCAUAUACCGGUUGAAGAAGUUUAACCCUUCCGUGAGGGGUAAGCGGGGUAGUGAAUUCCGAUUGAUGACAAUUGCCUUGAUGAUGGGGAAUAAAUGUAGGUGGUGGCCCUUUUUGGAAGAAAACAGCGGGGAAAGUGGCUGA